AUGGCGGCCACAAAGGCGGCGACGGCGCGGCUCGCGCCCUGGAGCGGAGGAGGUGCCUGGAACAGAGGAGCAGCGGCCGAUCGGGCCGGGCAAGACCACACGCCCGCGGCCGUAGCAGACGGGGCCACGGGGGCGGCCGGGGAGGGGGGGCCACGCGCCCAGCGCGCCCGCAGGAGCAGCGGCGAGGGAAGGACCCGCGGCGCGCACGGCUCGCGCGGCGCCCGCGGCUGCAGGGGCUCCGGGCGGCGCGCCCUGCUGCUGGAGGUCGGUGCAGCAGGGGCACGCCGCGGUGUCGAGGGUGGGUCCGCCCAGGACGGCCAUGGAGGAGAGGGAAGACAACAGAGGCAUGGGAAGCAGAGGAGUCGCUAA